AUGGUUUAUUAUUACAUAUUCUUCCUCUUCACAUUAGCAUCUCUGCUGCUCAACUUGAAAACCACAUUUGCAGUAAGCUCAGCUGGUGACACCCAAACCUUAAACACAUAUAUUGUCCAUGUUGAGUUGCCUUCCAGCAGCCUUUCAGACGAUCUCCAAGGCUGGUACCAGACGUUCUUGCCCUCAACCCCAACAACCUCGUCCGACGGGCCCCACAUCAUGUACUCGUACCACCACGUCUUCAAAGGCUUCGCCGCCAGGCUAACCCCCGAGCAGGCGAAAGCACUCGAGACCAAGCCCGGUUUCAUCUCGGCCCACCCUCAAGAGACGCUCCAUCUCCACACGACCCACUCCCCCACUUUCCUGGGCCUCGCCCAAAACACGGGUCUCUGGAGGGACUCCAACUACGGAAGGGGCGUGAUUAUCGGCGUCCUCGACACCGGCAUAACCCCCGACCACCCGUCAUUCCACGACGAGGGCGUGCCCCCGCCCCCCGCCAGGUGGCGCGGGGUCUGCCAGCUCGCCGCCUGCAACAACAAGCUCAUCGGCGCCAGGCGAUUCAACGUCGGCAACGGCACGCCUCUCGACGAGGACGGCCACGGGACCCACACGGCAUCCACCGCCGCCGGGAACUUCGUGGCUGGCGCAAAUGUGUUCGGAAACGCCAACGGGACCGCGUCAGGAAUCGCGCCGCUCGCCCAUCUAGCUGUCUACAAGGUGUGCGACUCUUCGCGCUGCCCGGAGAGCGAUAUUCUCGCUGCCAUGGAUGCCGCCAUCGACGACGGAGUGGAUAUACUGUCGCUCUCCCUCGGAGUUUUCGCGCUCGACUUUCUCACCGCUGUGGCGGUCGGAGCAUUCAGCGCGGUCGAGAGGGGAAUAUUCGUAAGCGCCUCGGCUGGAAACAACGGCCCGUUUCUUGGCGGCGUUCAGAAUGGGGCCCCAUGGGUGCUGUCCGUAGGUUCCAGCACGACCGACCGGAGAAUACAGGCAGCAGUGGUCCUAGGGAACGAUGAGGAGUUAGACGGCGAGACGGCUUUUCAGCCGGCUGAUUUUCCGGCGACUCCUCUACCGCUCGUUUAUCCGGGGGCAAAUACGAGCAACCCCAAUGCUUCGUUCUGCACGCCGGCAUCGCUGGCAAACGCACAAGUCCGGGGGCGGGUUGUUCUGUGUGAGACCGGCGGGGGUAUAACGAGGAUUGCUAAAGGCCAUGCUGUCAGGGAUGCCGGUGGGGCCGCCAUGAUCCUUGUCAACCAGGAAUCUCAGGGAUACACCACGGAUUCCGAUUCCCAUGUUCUUCCAACCGCGCACCUCAGCUAUGCCGAAAGGUUGAGAAUCCAGGCGUAUUUGAACUCGACGUCGUCCCCAAUGGCGACGAUUUUGUUCAGGGGAACUGUUUUCGGUGAUGACCGGGCCCCAGCGGUGGCAUCGUAUUCUGGCAGGGGCCCGAACCUGGCGAGCCCCGGAAUUCUGAAACCGGAUAUUAUUGGGCCCGGGCACAACAUCCUGGCAGCCUGGCAUGUCUCGGUCGAGAACAACAGCAACACGAAUUCCAACUUCAAUAUCAUAUCGGGAACCUCAAUGUCAUGUCCUCACCUCAGUGGAGUCGCGGCCUUGCUGAGAAACGCGCACCCUGAUUGGUCACCGGCAGUAAUCAAGUCGGCCCUCAUGACCACCGCCGAUCGGGUCAACCAAGCUGGAAAUCCCAUUGAAGACCAAAAUCAGAGGCCCGCUAGCCUCCUUGCCACGGGCUCGGGCCAAGUCAACUUAUUAAGGGCUACGGAUCCAGGGCUCGUUUACGACAUUCGGCCCGAAGAUUACGUGAAUUAUCUCUGUGGAUUGAAUUACACAGACCAACAGGUCCAGAUAAUUGUAAACCGUCCCGUCAGGUGCUCGGAAAUUCCUGCCAUAACAGAAGGGGAACUGAAUUAUCCAUCAUUCUCGGUUACUCUUGGAAGUUCUCCCCUGAGUUAUAACAGGACAGUCACCAAUGUGGGCGAGGCUAAUUCGGUUUAUACGGUGGGGUUCACCGAGCUGCCGAGCGUAGACCUGAGGGUGGAGCCUACGAGCCUUCAGUUUUCGGGGCUCGGCCAGAAUUUGACAUACCAAGUGACGUUCCGCAGAUUGGCCAAUGCAAGAAGCAACACGAUCGUUCAGGGAUUUCUCACAUGGACUUCGGCUCGGCACACGGUCAGAAGUCCAGUUGUCGUUAUACUUUAA